AUGGGCACGAAACAAGCGGCGAUUCACGCUACCUUUCGCCUGCCCGACCCUGACGAUGUCAGCACGCUGCUGCCCACCAGCCCCCUGGCCCGUCGCCCGGCCCUGAAUGCCCUCGACACCGCCGUGCCCGCGCCUGCUCGCCCGCCGCCACACGCCCUGCGUCCCGCCUGCCUCCAGCUCUCGCCUGCUGCCACUGCUGCUACAGUGCCGUCUCUCCGCGCCGCCUCGCCGUUUGAUAUCCGCCGCCAUGAGCCUGCCCCCGUCUCCCCGGCCAGCAAGACUGACAGAUCCGCCUCGCGGGCUGCCACGCCCGUCUCCCCGUCUGCCAGGCAACUGCCCGCUUUGUCGCCCAUAAAUGUGCAUUCCAGGCACUUUGCGCCCUUUCGUCAUGACCGCUCGCCGCUGCAGACGCCCUUGAGCCCGCGCUGCCCACACCCCUACCCGCCCCCCGAGCUGCAUUUUGAUACGCCGCUACGGUCGAGCCUGCACUCCGCCACGACGGGCAGUACCAGCCUGGAGCCCGCCAGCGAGACCGAGAGAAGUAGCAUCCUGACCAAUCCGAGCUCCGUGGCCGAUCUUUCGCCAGACGCUGGGGACACCGGUAUGAGUGUGGACGAUGCCAUUGAUAUGUAUUUGGACGGCUUCUCUGACGACUCUUCCUCCGGCACCUCGCCCGACUCGCCUGACCCGGAAAAGUCGCUUCCGGCUGCAGAUCUCCAAUCCAUAUCUCGUUAUCCUAAGUCAUCUCUAAAAGUGGCGGAGCUUGGGCCAAACGCCUUAGUAUCACCUAGCAACAAAACAACAUCUCCCACAAACGCUCCUAUAUCGUUACCUAAAUCACAAUUGCAGCCAAAGCUGGUGGUGGACACUGGGUCAGCGGACAAGGAGCAGAGAACAAGCCCUCUUUCAAGUCCAAGUGGCAAUCUACCAGGAAACGUAGAGAAGAGAAUGACGGUGCCGGAAGUAUUGUCUGUCGGAGUACCACCGCCGUUGUCAACCGACACUGAUCUCAGAGAUAUAUAUGGGUUCAAAAAGCAAACCACCCAUAUCACCGUGAGGCAGUUCAAAGCGUGGAACGACCCAUAUCUAAGAUACGUUGACUAUCGCAGGCGAAAAUGGGUAGAAAUGGUGGGAAGCGCUCAUCCUGAGCAUUCAGAUACCCUUCCUUUCCCCUCAAGGUCCAAUAAGAUGAAGCGGUACAUCAGGAAAGGUAUCCCUCCCGAGUACCGUGGUUCUGCCUGGUUUUGGUAUGCAGGAGGCCCGGAGUAUCUUCUCAAAAGCCCAGGCCUCUAUCGUAAACUCGUGGAACAGGCAUUCCAGGCACCCAUGAACGACGACAAGGAACAUAUCGAGCGUGAUCUUCACAGAACGUUCCCUGACAAUGUUCACUACAAGCCCGAUGACUCCUCCGCAUCCCAGCCAUUCGAAGGAAGCAGCAAUCUUAAUCACCUUUCAGAUACCCCAGAAACUCCUAUAAUUCAGUCGCUACGUCGUGUUCUCUAUGCGUUUUCGAUUCAUAACUCGAAGAUUGGUUAUACCCAAUCACUUAACUUUAUCGCAGGCCUUCUCCUUCUGUUCCUACCCGAAGAAAAAUCUUUUUGGAUGCUCCAUAUCAUUACUUCUACAUUUUUGCCUGGGACCCAUGAGGUCAGUCUCGAGGGCGCCAAUGCCGACCUUUGGAUACUCAUGGUGGCCCUAAAGGAAUCUCUCCCCGCUGUUUACACGAAAGUCGCCAGCCCAACGCCUACCACUGCGAGAUCCAGACCUCCAACCAUCACCACUACUACACGACUACCCGAUAUCACUCUUGGGCUUACCAACUGGCUAAUGUCUAUGUUCAUCGGCAGUCUCCCUUUGGAAACUACGCUGCGCGUCUGGGACAUUCUUUUCUACGAAGGGUCUAGGACCUUUUUUCGCGUUGCCCUGGCGAUUUUCCGGAUCAGCCAACGUGACAUCCUCUCCGUUAGCGAUCCCAUGGAGAUCUUCCAGAUCGUACAGACUGCCCCAAAGAGAAUGCUCGACGCGAGUGCGCUCGCCGAUGAUUGCUUCAUGCGGCGAUUCCGCUUCUCGCAGGCCCGCAUCGACUCCUUGCGGGUUGCCCGACGACAGGCCAUCAGGGAGGAUAAGGAGCGCGCGUCGUUUCUGGCGCGUCCGGGACAUUUCCGCAAUGAUGCGGAUACUCGUCCUGGGACCAGCUCCCCCCCUUCACCGGGCCAGUGGCGAGCCUGGAAGAAGUUCCAAUGA